AUGGCUGUAACAGGAAAGAUAGGUGAAGUUGAAAUCAAAUGUCAUCGUCACCUGGCCUUUGAACUUUUCAAGCACAAGCCACACGACACGUCAGUCAUCGACCCUGAGAGGAUUGAAGCUUGCCAUUUAGUUUCCGGUGAAUGGGGUGUUCCUGGAGCUGUCAUUCUGUGGGACUACUACCAUGAUGAAAAAAAGGAAACUGCUAAAGAAAUCAUUGAAGAAAUUGAUGAUGAAUUACACAAAAUUGUUUUCAAAGUGAUUCGAGAUAUCUUGGAGGUGUAUAAUUCCCUUAGUUUCAUCUUUACCACCAAAGAUGUGGGCGAUAAGAAGUUUGUUAUCUGGACUAUAGAGUUCGAGAAAGCAAACCCAAGUAUACCGGAUCCAACAUCGUAUAUGGACGUGGUUUGUGGAAUAGUUGGAAAUAUGGAUUCUCAUUUUCUCAAGUAA